AGUGGAGUGGAGUAGAGCGGAGUGGAAUGGAGUGCAGUGGAGUGGAGCGGACUGGAAUGGAGCGGAGUGCUGAGAAUAUGAUUGUAGAGCCAGUUUGGUCGGAGAUGGACAAUGGCUCUUUCCCGAGGUCUGAGAUGCUGUGCCCGGGUGUUUUCCUGGAUACCUGUCCUCAUAAUCACCUCCGUGGUGCUGUGGUCCUACUACGCCUAUGUGUUUGAGCUAUGUGUAUUCACUAUCAGCAACACAUUGGAGAAGGUGGCCUACCUACUGGUGUUCCAUGUGUGUUUUGUGAUGUUCUCCUGGACCUAUUGGAAGGCCAUCUUCACUCCUCCUGCCACACCCUGCAAAAAGUAUUAA